GGACGACUGGCCUAUGGACACCUCCAUCUUGAAGAGGCUAUCCAACCGACUGCUGCUUUGGAUUCCACUGUGACGACUCAAGGAGGUACUGUCGCAUUUCGGUCCGUCCCUGGGGCUGCGAGCAUGCGGAUCUGGGAUCUGCUACCCUCCAGUUCGGAGACAGCGCGGCCGGAAUACCGUGUAUUGAAACAACCUAGUCAGUGGUGGGACAUGACGUGUAAAUUUUACUACAGAGCCGUCUUGCCACCAGUGCUCCGUGAAGGAUUCGCAUGUUCUGGACAAGUUCUAGGUGUCGACAGGAAAAGCGGCUGUCACGGAUUCACGGAUUCACGGACUGAUACACAGGAUCGAGGCUUUUGCACAAAAUUCCCGGGUCGGUUUUGUUCUUGUCGGUCAGUGGCUGUCGUUCACCUGAAAGGCACAAGUGAAAAAAAGGUCUGGCCCCAGCCGCUUCCGGGACGCGUUCAUUCGCCGAUCCUUUCAUUCAGAUUGAUUCAUAUCGGGGGUCUUUCAGUUUAUGCUCCCCAUAAAUUAAAUAAUUUUCUGCAUAGUUUGCGUUCCGCCUUGUGCGUUACCCAUAAAUCCCUUUCCCAAGGAACUUUUACGUCCAACUCCACCCCAACAGCGAGACCAUUAUUCGUACUGUGUAGUCCCUCAAAACUUUGGCAUGAUGUCAAUGACCAACGUUUCGACGAUUCCCUCCACUGCAUUCUGGACGUUCGAAAACGAACAUUUUCAAGUUAUCAAAUAGAUAAUUUAGAUUACGCUUGGAUAUCAAUAGUCAACGAGGAGCGAGAUUGUUUGGACCUUCCGGUGAUAACGGACGCUAUGUUAGAAGACAUAAUGGAGGCACUAGAACAACUAACCUUCCUUAAAAUGCAUCAAAAGUUGAAGGAGCUUGAAGCACAAGCAUUGGAAUUCGAUGAGAAUGCGAGAUGUGAUAUUUGCCUUUCAUAUGAAGGGGAAGAUGGCAAUGAAUUGGUUUUCUGUGAUGGAUGUUUCUUGUGUGUCCAUCAAGCAUGCUAUGGUAUUCCGCGACUUCCAGAAGGCUCUUGGAUCUGCCGACAAUGUGAAGCCGGUGUGAAGUCAACUACAACUUGCUCCUUAUGUCCGAAUACUGGCGGAGCGAUGAAAAUGACAGAGGAUGGCACACGCUGGUGUCACAUCAGCUGUGCACUGUGGGUUCCUGAAGUUGGUUUUGGUGAUGUAGAGCUGAUGGAACCUGUUGUACGGCUGGAGAACAUACCUCAGGCGAGACGAAAUCUGUUGUGUUCGAUCUGUCGCUCCCGUUAUGGUGCGCCAAUCCAGUGCUCCAAUAAAAAGUGCAAAGUUGCAUUUCACGUUACUUGUGCUUUUCAAAGCAACCUUAUCAUGCGGCAAGAACUUGUUGAUCGGGACGUACGUUUGUUGGGACUUUGUCUGAAGCAUUCGCGAAGAGAUCAGCAGAUUCAACCGUCCGCAGAUGGCACAUCAGCUCAUACAUCAGAGUCUCCUCAGAAGCAAACAGCUCACUCACCCACCAACCACAUCCCACCAGUGAGCCGGCAACAGCGACUGCUUGAAUUGGAAACCAACUUUUACAACCUAGUUACAGACACCGAUGUCGAAUCGUGGCUCUCGAGCAAAACGACCACGGGAAGCACGAAGACCGCUAAAAGUGAUUUAUCCAACGUAAACAAAAGGCCAUCUAUACCCGAGGAUAUUCGGCGUGCAAUCACAAUUUACUGGCGUCUGAAACGAUGCGCGAAUUUCAAUAAACCACUUAUUUAUCCUCCCCCGUCACACUGGCUUGAAUUAGCCAGUAAAUCAGUUGAUACAACGAAAGAAGCUUUGGCCAAAGCGGCUCGCCUCGCAGCUGAACAACAAGCGUUCGAUUCUUUCCGCCGUGUUCGCUUUGGUCUUGAUCGGGCUCGUCUGGUAGUUGACAUGGUUCUCCAGCGUGAGCGGCGUAAAUUAGCUUUGUUUAGACGAAUGUGGCGGAUAUCAGAGUUGCAAAUGCGAGUCCUCGAUAGCAAGCAUUUCUCUACCUUGUCAGGCUCUGAUAGGGAAUUCUUCUCGACGGUUCAUCUGGGUGAUUCGGUUUAUGAUAAUUCUACUUUACUCACAAGGCACAAGUCCACGAAAAUCCAGAGCAGUGACUUAAAACUAAAGAGCACCGAAAGUUCCUCCAGUUUGUCCACACAAGAACAUUUGCAAACUGAGAACAGUAUGCCAACUUCUUCAGCAUAUACCAAUGUGAACAAACAACGUGCGUCUCCAACUGGUGUACGAGAACCCCGGACUGCGUCUCCACACUCUUCUGUAGGCAAAAUUCCAUAUGAACAACUUAUUGUCACGGAGGACAUGAAACAGCGUUUGCGAUCCGCUUUGGCUCUUGUCACGAACAAUUCGCUAUCCGGGAAAUUGUUGCCAGGUCUGACAAAGUGUGGCACUCGUGCUCGUCCCAAACGUCCGUUAUCUAACUUGCCACAUGAUAGGAACAAUUUCAUCCACUCAUCCAACGACUCACCUUGGGAUGAACAGGCGUCCCCUUCAACGCCAGCUAAAAGGCUACGAAGUUCUCAGUCACGUUCUCUGAAUGAUGGACUAUUUCUUGAUCACACAGUACCUAUUUUAACAAAGCUAGCAACAAUUCGACUCAUACCCGGUACCCUUAAACUUGUAUAAUAUCUUCAUGUUUUUAUCUGUUUCUGUACAGUCGUGUCUACAAGACACCCCGUUUCCUUAUGUAGAGUGACGUCCCAGUUUAUCUAUUCGUACCCUGUGAUCAUUUUCCGGAGGUUUCCAAUUUUUUUCAGCUAAUUGUGAUGCAGGAAUUGCGAUGAAUUCGUG